AUGAAGCUUGCAUCGUUUUUCGCUUUGGCGACAAACCAUUUUGCGAAUGCGUAUUACUACUCAAAAGAUUUCGUGAAUUUCGCGAAUUUCAUCCCCGGCCCAAAUGUCCGAAUCGGCGAGGAAAUGACCUACCGGUCGAUUGAAAGAAUGUGGCUCAAUGAGCUAAGAGAUGUGAAUCCAGACAUUUGCGAUUUGAACAUUUCCCUUCUCGGAGAAUCCAGCGCGGAUAUUUCUGCUGACUACAGUUAUUAUUUCAUUAUUCAAGUGAUGUACAAGGGAAGCCCUCCCUCGAGUUUCUCCUCUGACGUCUCAGCUGUCUUCCCUUCUGGUUCUCUCCCCGGAUCUUCCGAGUACCAAAAUGCAUGGGACGCAAACCCGGAUCUGGAGCUCGCCCCCAACGGAAUCAUCCACGAAGAAACCUGCUUCGAUGAUGCAACCGAAUGCAGAAACAUUUUCAUCGACGUCGAUUUCUGCUACGACAUCCCGAUGGAAUUCUUCGAUAUUUCCGACGCUGAUGCUCUUGACGCAGCAAAAACAGCUGUCAUGACUAAUUUCCAGGCUGGUUUCGGCAAUUUCACCGAUCACAGCUCAUUUUUCCAAAAUUAUUACAUCAAUUCGGAAUUCAACAUUGUUUCCGUCAACGAUGUUAGCGAAGAAACGGGAGAUCUUUACCUCGGAUCGAGCUUCAAUAAGGCUGGCACCGAGAAAGGUGUUCACGUCAAAGGAACGACGAAAUUUACAAAAACGACGUUUUCAAGCGAGUUUGAAUUCUGCUUCUCGAUGAGUGGACGAUUCGAAGAACUCCCUCUCACCGAGACUUUGAGCAAAUUCGAGUGGAUGACCGGCUCUAAAGAAUAUUUUACGAGCCUUAACAACUACAAGCUAAACUCUGAAAGCUUCGAGUACAGCUACCAAUGUGUUGCUCCUGAUUGUGAAGCUUCUACUUCAACUACGACAACAACGACGACAACAACGACGACCAAGAUCGCAGGAGACUGUCAUGAUGGCAACAACGGAGGAUGCUCCCACAUGUGUGCGUCUGGAUUUUGCUACUGCCCACCUUGCUGGGAGCUGCUUCCGAAUCAACUGACUUGCAGGCCUUCACCUGGCCUUGCUCAGCUGACCUGUUCUCAGGAAGGAAUGAAACUCGUUGUCGACAAAUGUGUCAUUCCAGGAGUUUCUGAGAUUGCCCUUCUUGAUGAUACUUGCGAACCAACAGAAGAAGAUGGAAGCUAUGUCUUUGAAACUGCUCUUGAUGAGUGCGGAAGCUCUCAUUUCUUUGAUGGAGAGUACAUUCGAUUCGAGAACACGAUCGUCGCCGGCGCCGGAUUCGACAACGGAAUCAUGAUCGCCCGACCAAGUCAUCUCGAUUUCCACUGCGAUUUCGAUACUGCUGGAGAAAUUAAUGACCUCUGGCUCAACACUACAAAUUAUGCCGUUGAAGUGACAUUCAAUAUCGGAGAGGAGGCACCCGAAAAGCCCGCAUUCAUCUACGAUGUCAACUUUUAUACUGAUGGAAGUUUUACACAGAUUCAAGAUACAAACGACCAAUCAUUUUCGAUCGGAGACACGAUCUACGCCGCUGUUUCUACAAAUGUCGAUGUUGAUGGAAUGAUCUUCUCCGUCGACCAAUGCACUCUUUACGAUCAAUCAACCGGCGAUUCUUUCGAAAUCAUCGAGAACAGAUGCGGCUCGCCACUGGUCAAUACCGUAAUUAGUUCUUACUCAGACGACAAAAUCAUCAGAUUUCAAUUCCUUUCUUUCGUCUUUCCAAAUUCAGAUGAUAGCGCUAAACUUUCAAUCGCUUGCUCUGUGAUGGUUUGUGAUGAAAAUGAUUCCGAUUCCACUUGUCUCCAAGACCCAGGAUGCGGAGCUCGAAGAAAACGACGAUCGGAGCCGCAGGAAGCUCUUUCCUUUACGACAAAUUUUCUUGAUUUUACUAUGGAAAAAUAA